AUAAAUCAAAAAGCCGCUGUGUCGAACCCUUUCGACAACGGGGAGAUGUUACUGAUGUGCUUUGUGUCUGUCGCCAAGUUUUGGAUUUCCACACAAAAUUACUUCUUUACUUAUUUUAUGUUUUAAGGAAGUGUGUAGGUCACAUUCUGUAUCAUACAGCUAUGAAAGUUAUAUAUUUAGAACCACCUGCUCGAUUGGAAUCCAGCGAUGUCUGUGUUAGUGUCAUAGAACUGUCUAGUUUUUUGUGUUCUGACUUGUAAAACAGGAUGAGUAAAAUAAGUAAUGUAAACAUAUCAGUAAUUACCAGGAAGCUCUACAACAUAAUUUGUUUAAAAUUAGGAAAUGUUUGAAAACUGGCAUCAGGUUGAGGGAUCUGAUUUGGAUUAAACCUCAUAGCAAGGCAGUUUUAUGAUGUGGAGAUUUCAUGCUGGUCUGUCUUAAAAUAAACACUGUCUUUGGCAGGAGGAAAACCAAACAUGGAUGAACCAGAGACGUCCAAACCAGCAAGACGACACCUCUGCUCCCAGAUUGGAAAGAGUUUUACCAAGUUAGGAAGCCUGAAAAGACAUGAGAGGACACACACAGAACCGAAGCCACAAAAUUGCGCCCAGUGUGGAAAGAGUUUUAGCCACUUAGGAAAUCUGAAAGCUCAUGAGCGAACACACACACGGGAGAGGCCUUUCCAUUGCUCCCAGUGUGGAAAGAGUUUUAAGCGGUUAGACACCCUCAAAACUCACYAGCAAAUACACACAGGGGAGAAGCCAUACCAUUGCGUCCAGUGUGGAAAUAGUUUUAGCCAGUCAGGAAGCCUGAAAGUUCAUGAGCGAAUACAUACAGGGGAGAAGUCAUACCUUUGCGCACAGUGUGGAAAGAGUUUUAUCCAGUCAGGAAGCCUGAAGGAACACAUGAGACUGCACACAGGGGAGAAGCCUUACUACUGCUCACAUUGUGGAAAGCGUUUUAACCAUUUAGUUAGCAUGAAAAGACAUGAGAGGAUACACACAGGAGCGAGGCCACACCCUUGCUCCCAGUGUGGCAAAAGUUUUAAGCGGUUAGACACCCUCAAAGCUCAUGAACGAAUACACACAGGGGAGACACCAUACCAUUGCACCCAYUGUGGAAAUAGUUUUUGCCAGUCAGGAAGCCUGAAAGUUCAUGAGAGAAUACACACAGGGGAGAAGCCAUACCAAUGCUCCCAGUGUUCAAAGUGUUUUACCCAUUUAGGAAGCAUGAAGGAACACAUGAGACUGCACACAGAGGAGAAGCCUUAAAAAUGUUCAGACUGUGGGAAGACAUUACUCAUCACAGUCACUUAAACGUCAUGUGAAAAUCCACACAGAAGAGAAUAAUGACUUCAUGUUUCACAUCACAUUGACUUAAAAUUCACCAGAGAACUUACACAGUGCUCCCAUUGUCUUAUAUUGUUGACUGAGAAUGUGUUUCCCUGUUUUUACCAUAUGAAAUUGAAUUGUACAAAGUAUACUCAAACAUAUAUUUGUAUGUUUUUACUAGAAAACAUGAAUUGAAUAUGGAGUCUGUCAGUUUGAAUAUAGAGUAGAUCAGAUUCCAUGUGUUUAAAUGGUCCUUUUUUAAACUCUGACUAUGUGUGUGUUUAUCUGGGUGUGUCAUUCCUCCAGCACUACAGAUAGUCAAGUGAUAUUUGGUUGUGAUGCAUUUGUUCCAUUGUUUACAUUUGCAUUGUUGGCCCACUGAUCAUUUAAU